GUAUGUGCCCAUUUUCAGCUUUGUGGGAAUUUUCGCAAACCUUUUUUCAUUUUUAAUGCAAUUCAGAUAGAAUCCAAAAUAAAUAAGCCCACAUGACUGGAACCCUCUUUGUAUGUUCGUAGUUCAGAGCACCUAGCAUAGAUUAGCGCUAUAAACGACCACCUGCUGAUGUUGACAUUGACAAAAUAUUGAUUAGUAUUAAUCGGUUUGAAUAAUUUAGCACAAUUAACAGAGAUAUUACAAGUUGAAACACAAGGUUGAAGAUCCAAUUUGAAUUCUACCAAAGGAUAAAAAGCCUACAGAAGGGAGCAGCUACACCUUCUUUCUGCAAUGGAGGGCGACGAGCCAAAGAAUCCUGCUCCUCCGAAGAAAAAUGAGCCCAGUAAGAGAAUAAAGUUAUCUAAGACUCUAUGUCCACCACCGUCCAAAUAUGAGAGGGAUCCCGGAGUAAUAGCAUUUCACGUGCCACAUAAGAAACUGCUUGAAAAAAUAGAAUACAAGAAGGUUCAACCUCAACCAUUGUGUGGACUUAAAGAGCUACAAGAUCGGCUGAUCGAAUUGAAAAGAAGAGUAUUUGUGGAACAAGAAGAAGAAAAAAAAGAUAAACAAGAAGAGCAGCCUGCUGAAGUAGUUUCAGAGAAAGGCAGUAUCAGAAGAACGACCACUAAAGCCAAGACUACGGGCGUAUUGUUUCAAGAUCAAAUUGGUCGAAAAAGUCGAAAGGAUAGACUGAAAGAUGUUGUGGAUCAAGCAGAGCUUAUUAAAAGGAUGAGAGAUGUGACAGAUGGCUCAUUUGUUUACCUGACGUAUGCUGUUCCCAAAUCAUCUGAGCUAUUUAAUCCUUAUGUUUUGAGCAUCGUGCCUUACAAAGCAGCAGAUAAAUCAAAUUUCUUCACGAUGAGCGCAAAAGGAGUGAUGCAACAUAUCGGCAGCGACAUUAUCUUCACUUCUUUGGAUAAAUGGGAAGAAGAGUACAACAUGUACUGUAGACUGAUGCAGAUCAAAUCCUUCUUAUUAUUCCGAAUAUGGAAGGGCUUCUACGUCUGGCGCAAAACUAUUAUCCACAAAAAGUUCUACUCGGCUCAAGUGAAUCUACAAAAUAAUCUGCUCAUUUUGGAUCCGAUAGUGAGAACUGGCUUACUGAACAUACAGAAUAUGUGUUACAAAAUGUCUGAUUUAACAUUCACCGAUAUGGACUGUAUAGAAGACAUGUGGCUAUUUUAUUUCAUAGACAGUCAGAUGGCGAAGUUUGACGUCAUGAGGGAGAAAAUAAAUGAAUAUCAAGAGGUAGCAAAAGAGAUAGUUGGAAAUGCCUGUCAUGGAGCUCUUUUGGCCAAAGGGUUUGUGGUUGAUGAGAGAAUCAUUUACGCUGAGAGUAAAAAGAAGAGAAGACAACAAAAAGCAUCUUACAUAGAACAAGCUGCUAAAAAGAAAUUUUGUGAACGAUUAUCAAGCUUUAUUAUAUUAGUUGAUUACCUAACCAUCAACAUGCUGCAUCAACUUAUUUCAAACUCUGUAGAAGAUGUGAACAGGGUUUUGCAUAUCCACACAAGCUUUUUACCAACUGAUAGUAUGUUAAGCUUAUCAGAAGGGUAUGCGAUAGAAGAGCGACCGAGAUCAGAAGACGAUCCACAGAUACCCAUGUUCAUUACACACGUGACAUUAGAACUGGAGGCGCUACAGUUGGAUCCUUCUCUUCAGAUAAUCAUAACCAUGUUCAAGCAAUUGUAUCGUUUGUGGAUACAGUUCACAACAUCUAUAAGUCCAUUUGUGGCAGAUCCAUGUUAUUCUCCUUUUACGAACCCCAUAAUAAAUGAGAAAGUUGAGGACCGAAUCUGUGGUUGGGGCCCCACAUUGGAAUUUUACUUGAAAGAAGACGACUACUUAGACUUCAUAAAACACUUCACUGAGGACUAUCUAGCAGAAAACUACAAUACUGCUCAAAUUGUCAUCGAGAAAUAUACUCCCGUAAGAGAGUUUUAUGCAGAAGAUCUACAAGUGAAGGAAAAAGAUAUCGAAAACGAACGAGGAUUGGUAACGAGAAAGUCUCAUAUUUGAUGGGUCAAGUAGAAGAAAUCGAAGCAUUUCUUUCCGAUGAGCCCAGUCUGACUGUGGAGUAUGUAAAAUACCUAGAGUACCUAGAAGAAUCUACUUCAAGGGUAGAUAAAAUGGAAGAUGAGCUGGAUUACUGCAAGGAACUCUAUGAUAUAACAGAAGAGUUCAAUAUUCCUAUUGCAAAUGAGGAGAUGCAGAAUUAUUUGGGUCUCAGUGUAUCUCUGGGUAACCUGCGGAAUCUGGUAGACAAGAAACUUGAGGAGACAGGAAAGAUAAUUAAGAAGUUCAACGAUCAAAUGAAUAAAGAUAUCAGUGCUCUGAUAUCUGAAGUUGGUGUUAUUAAAGAUGAAUGUAUGCAACCGUGGCUGUAUGAUAUUGACUCAAACAUAGAUGAAGUCACUGAACUCUUAACUGAUUUACAUGACCGAUUGGUCAGCUGUCAAGAAAGGGCAGCUGUGUUCAAGAAUUACCAAAAGCAGUUUAGACUUGAAGUAACUCGCUUCGAUGUAUUGGAUGAGGUGAUGAACGACGUGAAGCUGAGGACGUUACUGUGGGAGAGCGUGGAUUCAUGGGCAAAGACGGUGGACGAAUGGUACCACUGCGAAUUCUCCACUCUCAAUGUGGAUGAUAUGAACACAUUUACAGCAAAGAAUAUGAAGUAUGUUACUCAGCUGGAAAAGGGGUUGCCUGCUAAUUUAAUUGUCCCGAAACUGAGAGACGAAGUGGAGCUAAUGAAAGAUAAGCUUCCUGUGGUGACUUACCUGAGAAACCCAGCUAUGAAAAAUCGACAUUGGCUGAAAGUAGAAAAUCUACUAAAUUACAAAUUCAAGCCAGAAGAAGUGAGGACAUUAGAGCUGUUAGAGAAUCUGAAUGUCUUUAGUUAUCCUAACGAGCUCAUGGACAUCUCUGGACAGGCCAGUAGUGAGGCUGGAUUAGAGGCAUUGCUGAGGAAGGUUGAGCAAGCAUGGAAGACUCUCGAAUUCAUUGUGCUACCUCACAAAGACUCAAAGGACGUUUACAUCCUUGGAUCACUCGAAGACGUUCAAGCAGUUUUAGAUGAAAGUAAUAUAAAUAUAACAACUAUUGCGAGCUCGAGACACGUUGGGCCGAUCAAGCCAAGAGUUGAUGAAUGGGCCAGGAACUUAGAUUUGUUUUCAAGGAUAUUGGACGAAUGGCUAAUGUGUCAACAAAGUUGGCUAUACCUCGAAGUUAUUUUUUCGGCUCCUGAUAUUCAAAGACAGCUGCCUAAUGAGGCAAAAUUAUUUAUAAUUGUGGACAAGGCAUGGAAAGAGCUGAUGAGGAGAACAGCAAAGAUGCCACUGGCGAUGGAAGCAGCGUUACAUCCAGGCAUGCUGGAAACUCUGCAGAGGAGCAACAAUCUGCUAGAGCAGAUAAUGAAGUGCUUAGAAUCAUAUCUGGAGACGAAGAGGGUUGCCUUUCCACGUUUCUAUUUCCUCUCAAAUGACGAACUGUUGGACAUCCUCGCACAAACUCGAAAUCCUCAUGCUGUUCAACCGCACUUGCGAAAAUGCUUCGAUGCAAUUGCUAAACUUGAGUUCGGAGUGAAAGUACCUGAAGAAGGAGAAGAGGAACUGAGGAAAGAAGCUGGUAUCGUUAUAUUGACCACUGAUAUUAUCGCUAUGAUCAGUCCAGAGGGAGAGCGUGUUCAACUUGGCAAAGGACUAAAGGCUCGUGGAAAUGUUGAAGAUUGGUUAGGCAAGGUAGAAGAAUCGAUGUUUUUGUCACUGAGGCGUUUGAUGAAGCUAUCGCUUGGACACUACAUGACAGUCAGUCGGACCGAAUGGGUUGUAUGUCAUGCUAACCAGAUCAUCCUUACUGUGUCACAAAUCAUGUGGGCACGUGGAGUACAUGAAAUUUUAGAUGGUGAAAGAAGUGAUACACAUAAGAAGAUGGAACAAUAUGAAAAGAAAUGUAUUAAGGACCUCAACGACUUGGCAGCGUUGAUAAGGACCGAUCUGAAAUCUGUAACCAGGAAGGUUCUGAUCGCUCUGAUCACUAUUGAUGUGCAUGCCAGAGACACUAUACAAAACAUAGUGGAGAGCAAGGUAUCAGAUAGCCAAAGCUUCGAAUGGUUGAAAGUUUUGAGGUACUAUUGGCAAGAUAACAUUGAUGACUGUAUCGCUAAAAUGUCAAGUGCUUGGUAUGUCUAUGGAUACGAGUACCUAGGAGCUUCUGGUGUAUUGGUGAUCACUCCUCUCACUGAUCGAUGUUAUCUUUGUCUUAUGGGAGCACUGCAGCUUGAUUUAGGUGGAGCACCAGCUGGACCUGCUGGAACAGGAAAAACAGAAACUACUAAAGAUUUAGCUAAAGCACUAGCAAUACAAUGCGUGGUAUUCAAUUGCUCAGAGGGUCUUGAUUACAAAAUGAUGGGUAGAUUUUUCUCGGGGUUGGCUCAAUCAGGAGCUUGGUGCUGCUUCGAUGAAUUUAACAGGAUCGACAUCGAAGUGCUGUCCGUGAUAGCUCAGCAGUUGAUUACAAUCCGAAAUGCUAAAGCGGCCAAGCUUCAAAGGUUCAUGUUUGAAGGAAGAGAGAUUAAGCUAGUACAAAAAUGUGCCGCAUUUAUUACGAUGAAUCCAGGUUAUGCGGGUAGAACCGAACUUCCGGAUAACUUGAAAUCGCUGUUUAGACCUAUAUCUAUGAUGGUCCCUGAUUAUGCACUGAUUGCUGAGGUAAUUUUGUAUUCAGAAGGUUUCGAAUCAUCGAAGAUUCUAUCUAGAAAAAUGGUGCAAAUGUAUAAGCUGUGCAGCGAACAACUGUCUCAACAGGAUCAUUAUGAUUUUGGGAUGCGAGCAGUAAAAAGCGUAUUGGUUAUGGCAGGGUCGCUCAAGAGGGCCAAUCCAGACAAAAGUGAAGAUGUCGUCCUGAUUAGUGCUCUUAGAGAUAGCAACUUACCCAAAUUCUUAGCGGACGAUGCUAUCCUAUUUCAGGGUAUACUUGGAGAUCUAUUUCCUGGUGUGGCACUGCCUGUCCCAGACUAUGGCGUAUUCCAAGCUGCUAUUAUAGACUGUUUGUUAACUGAAAUGUUUCAACCAGAGCAAUGCAUGAUUGUCAAAGUAAUUCAGCUUUAUGAAACGAUGAUUGUACGAUGGGGUGUCAUGCUCGUUGGGCCAACUGGUGGUGGCAAAUCCACUAUUCUUAACACAUUAAACAGAACUUUGACGAAAAUGUUCUAUGAUGGCAUACCAGGUCCAGUGUUUCGACCAGUGCGAACAUUCAUCAUGAACCCUAAAGCAGUUACGGCUGGAGAAUUAUAUGGAGAAGUGAAUCCUUUCACUAUGGAAUGGAGAGAUGGCCUUAUGGGGAUCAUGAUGAGGGCAGCGGUUACGACAACACUAGAAGAGCAUCAAUGGAUUGUUUGUGAUGGUCCGGUUGAUGCAGUAUGGAUAGAAAACCUGAAUACUGUCUUGGAUGAUAACAAAAUGCUCUGUCUAGCCAAUUCUGAAAGAAUUAAGCUGACACAGUGGGUUCACAUGGUGUUUGAAGUUCAAGAUCUCGCGCAAGCCUCUCCGGCUACAGUUAGCAGAUGCGGAAUGGUUUAUGUCGAUUCCGAAGAGUUAAAAUGGUUACCGUAUGUGAAAACAUGGUUACAGACGUUGUGCGAAAACUUAAUCAAUCAAGAAAUGAAAGAGUUUAUGUUAAGCCUCUUUGAAUAUGCCGUCGAAAAUGGUUUUCAGUUUUUGAAAAAGAAUUGCACAUACGCUAUACAUCAGGUAGAAAUCAGCAAGGCGAAGAUGAUUUGCUCUCUUAUCGAAAGCUUUCUGAAAUUGCCAGGUGCGAUGGAAAAGAUCGGGGAAAAGAGCAAAGUUAGAUGUUUCCUUUGUCAAACCUUUAUUCUUUCGUAUAUUUGGGGUAUCGGCGGCAACUUAGUAGCAGAUAGUAUGGAACGCUUUGAGAUCUAUGUUCGAGAUCAGUUUGAUGAGUUCUUAGAUGCAAAGUUACCAUCAGGCAGUGAUCUUUGGAGUUUAUAUAUGGAUGUGCAAGGUCAUAGACUGGAGCCGUGGCAAAGGAUUAUACCACAAUUCAUGUACGAUAAAGAGCUACCAUUUUUCGAAAUGCUGGUCCCUACUAUAGACACAGUACGGUUUGGAUAUAUCAUGGAGAGAUUGAUAUACGUAAAUCACCCUGUAUUUCUCACCGGAGACACAGGUGUUGGAAAAUCUGUAGUAGCAAAAGACGUCCUCUUUCGAUUAGGAAAAACAAAUCUUUUCGUGCCAGCCACUAUGAACUUCUCUGCACAGACCAGCAGUUUCCGAACACAAGAAAUCGUAGAACUGAAGUUAGAGAAGAAAAAGAAAACACUGCUUGGAGCACCGGCCGGAAAGAAAGUUAUAAUAUUUGUGGACGACGUGAAUAUGCCAAAGCUUGAAACGUAUGGUGCUCAACCACCUAUAGAGUUAUUGAGACAAUUCCUAGAUUAUGGUGGAUUAUACGAUAGAGAGAAGCUUUUUUGGAAAGAUAUCAGAGACGUAGUUGUUUCUGUGGCAUGUGCACCUCCCGGUGGUGGUAGAAAUCCCCUGACACCUCGAUUUGUUCGUCAUUUUGGGAUGUUGCUGAUUCCUCCACCAAACGAGUUCUCAAUGAAAGCAAUCUUCAAGGCUAUUUUGAAGGGCUUCCUGUUCGAAUUUUCGAAUGACGUCCGCGAUCUUGGCGACUACAUGGUGAAUGCUGCUGUUGAAAUCUACGAACGUAUCGCAAAAGAUCUGCUACCAACACCAGCCAAGUCACACUACGUAUUCAACUUGCGUGAUUUGUCGAAGUGUAUCCAGGGCAUCACACAAGCAGAUUCUGGUACCAUGAGGGAUGAAACCAGCAUGUUGCGAUUGUUCUAUCAUGAGUGUCUACGGGUCUUCCAUGACAGACUGAUAAAUGUGGAAGACAAGAGCUACUUCUAUUUUCUUUUGAGAGAAAUAUGUACAAGAAACUUUGGUACAAGUGUAGUAACUUUGCCUGAAGGUGACAUUAUAACCAAUCCACCAGUUCUGUUGUUUGGAGAUUUCAUUCAGUUUGGAGCCGAUAAGGAAAACAGAUUGUAUGAGGAAUUGAGGAGUGUCGACAAAGUUAAGAACGUUCUACAGGACUACCUGGACGACUACAAUCUGUUGUCUUCCAAAGAAAUGAAACUGAUAUUUUUCAUGAUGGCGAUUGAACAUUGUGUCCGGAUAGCUAGAAUACUGAGAUCGGAAAGAGGUAAUGCACUUUUAGUAGGUGUAGGAGGAAUGGGAAAACAGAGCUUGACGAGAUUGGCCUCACAUGUCAACAAGUACAGGUGCUACCAAAUUGAGUUGACGAGGAAUUAUGACCACGCUAGCUUCUUUGAGGAUCUGAGAAAGAUGUAUUUUAAUGCAGGAGUUGUAUACGAAGAUUCAGUUUUCUUAUUCACUGAUACACAGAUUGUACAAGAAGAAUUCUUGGAGGAUAUAAACAAUAUGCUGAAUUCAGGUGAGGUGCCGAACCUAUUCGAAGCUGACGAGUAUGAGAAAGUAAUUAUAGGUUGUCGACCAAGCGCAAAAGAAGCUGGAAUAGAUGAAGGAAAUAGAGAUGGAAUAUAUGACCUCUUCAUAAGCAGAGUCAGAAGCAAACUUCAUCUAGUAAUAUGUAUGAGCCCUGUAGGUGAUGCCUUCAGACGGAGAUGUCGUAUGUUUCCUUCAUUGGUCAACUGUUGUACCAUAGACUGGUUCGAAAAAUGGCCCCGAGACGCCCUGCUCUCUGUAGCCCAAAAUAGCUUGAAGGAUGUUGAUGUUCCAGAAGUUACCAACAAACUGGCCGACAUCUGCGUAUUUGUUCAUGAAAGUGUUGAAAAUAUGACAGUAAGAUUCUACAAUGAAAUGAGACGUUAUUAUUAUACUACACCUAGCAGCUAUCUUGAAGCAAUUAAAUUGUACAAACUGAUGCUGGCUCAGAAGAAAGAUAAGAUAAUCAAAACUAGAGAAAGGAUAGCUAACGGUCUGAAGAAAUUGUAUGAGACCAACAUGGUUAUUGACUCUAUGAAAGAAACGUUAGUUGCGUUAGAACCUGAGCUAGCUAAGAAAUCUGUAGCUGUAGUAGAACUGAUGAAGUAUCUAGCUAAAGAACAAAAAGCUGCGGACAAAGUGAGAAGCAUAGUUAAAACUGAUGAAGAAGAAGCAAAAGACAAAGCGGAAGAGACUCAAAUACUAGCAGACGAUGCACAAAAAGAUUUGGACACGGCAUUGCCAGCGCUGGAUGCCGCCAAAAAGGCUCUAGAUGCCCUCAAUAAAAACGACAUAAAUGAAGUGAAAGUAUUUCAGAAGCCGCCCAAGCUUGUGCAGUUCGUUAUGGAAUCAGUUUGCCUACUCCUUGGUGCAAAGACAGAUUGGGCUGCGGCUAAAACAGUGCUGGGUGACGCUAACUUCUUAAAAAGGCUUCAGGAGUAUGAUAAAGAUCACAUCAGCGAAAUUGUACUGAGGAAACUGAAACCGUAUGUCGAGCACCCUGAUUUUACCGCUGAGAAGAUAGCAAACGUAUCAAAGGCUUGCAAAAGCAUGUGCAUUUGGGUGAGAGCAAUUGACACUUAUGCCAAGGUGUACAAGGUCGUUGAACCGAAACGAAAAAAGCUAGAAGCGGCUGAAAAAGUACUCAAUAAAGUCAUGAGUGUAUUGAGAGAUAAACAAAAACAAUUAGCGGAAGUAGAGGCUCAAAUAGCAAAACUAGAAGCAACUUUCAAUGAAACGAUGGAAGAAAAACAGGCUUUAGAGGAUACUAUGGAACUGACCUCCGUUAGACUGAAUCGAGCUGGAAGACUGAAUAUAGCACUGGGUGAUGAGCAGACGAGGUGGGAGGAUAGCGUCAAGAGACUUGCUGUAGAAUUGAAGAAUUCCGUUGGAGACGUCCUUAUGGCUGCAGCAUCGGUAGCAUACCUGGGAGCAUUUACAAGUAACUAUCGUCAAGAACUGAAUCAGAUGUGGGAAGAAAGAUUCAUUGCGAAUGAUAUACCCUUAACAGAAAAUUUCAGCUUGAUCGCUGUAUUGGCUGAUCCAUACGAUAUCCGAAUGUGGAACUCUUGUGGAUUGCCAAGGGACAAGGUAUCGACAGAAAAUGCCAUUUUGGUUACCCAAGCUGGACGCUGGCCUCUGAUGAUCGAUCCUCAGGAACAAGCAAAUCGAUGGAUCAGGCAAAUGGAAGCAGAAAGGAACCUGAAAAUCAUUAAAUUAACAGACGGAAAUUUCAUGCGAGCUUUAGAAAAUGCUAUACGCAUUGGAAUGCCUGUUUUGCUGGAAGAAGUGGGAGAAACCCUAGAUCCUACAUUGCGGCCAGUGUUAAUGAAACAGACAUUUGUCCAGGGUGGAAGAACUUUGAUUCGGUUGGGAGACAGCGAUAUAGAAUAUGACGAUAACUUCAGAUUUUACGUUACAACUAAACUUGCCAACCCUCACUAUUUGCCCGAGGUUUGUAUUACAGUGACCAUUGUGAACUUCACUGUCACUCCAUCUGGGUUAGAAGACCAGUUACUGGCAGAUGUGGUGAGGUUAGAAAGGCCAGAACUAGAGGAGCAAAGGACUGAACUAGUAGUCAGAAUAAAUACUGAUAAAGCUACACUAAAAGGAAUUGAAGAUAAGAUCCUUAGACUGCUGUAUGCCUCAGAAGGAAACAUUUUGGAUGACGAAGAGCUCAUUGAAACGCUAAACGAAAGUAAGGAAACAUCAGCUAUCAUAGAAGCCAGGCUUGUCGAAACAGAAGCUACAGAAGAGAAGAUAUCAAUAGCCAGAGAGAAGUAUAGAACGGUCGCUACACGAGGUUCAGUUUUGUAUUUUGUUGUAGCAAUGUUGUCAGAAAUUGAUCCUAUGUAUCAGUACUCCCUGAAAUAUUUCAAUCAGGUUUUCAAUAAUGUAAUAGAAACGAGCGAGAAGAGUAAAGACCUACUGACUAGGCUAGUUAUUUUGUAUAGAGAAAUAACCCUAGCAGUUUAUACCAAUAUAUCAAGAGGGCUGUUCGAGCGACAUAAGCUGAUCUUUAGCUUCAUGCUCUGCGUAGCCAUAUUCCAACAAAGUGGCGUUAUUGAUGACAGUCAGUGGAAUUAUUUGUUACGAGGACCUAUAGGAGCAAAAGGAAACUAUCCCAAAAAGCCAGACUAUCCUGCUAUAACAGAUUUUAUGUGGACAGCAGCAAAUUUCUUAGCCGCAUCAUAUGAGAAAUUCAAAGAUCUGCCAGAUAAUUUAAUCAAUGUUCACAGAGUUACUGUAGGAGAUUUUGACUUGACGAUUCAACUAAUACCGCUAAUAAAGAACGUGAGCAACGUUCAGUGGAAUACAGUUUUGGACGAUUUCGAAAAACUCCUGCUGAUCAAAACCAUGCAGGAAGAAAAGCUUGUAUUUGCAAUUACUGAAUAUGUCAAGAUAAAACUUGGACAAGUAUUUAUUGAGAGUCCACAAGUAGCUCUUCCUGUUUUGUUUCAAGACACUUCUAAUGGAGUGCCCCUGAUUUUUGUCCUAAGCACCGGUUCUGAUCCUUUUGGUGCCUUCCAAAGGUUUGCAGCAGAUAUGGGUGUUCUAGAUAAGGUCAAAUCAAUAUCUCUGGGUCAAGGUCAAGGACCAGUUGCAGAGAAAUUGAUAAUGGAGGGCGUUGAAAGUGGGGACUGGGUAUUUUUACAGAACUGUCAUUUGGCGACAUCUUGGAUGUUGGAAAUGGAGAAAAUAGUCUUAAAUAUAGCGCGAGAUACAUCAAAGGUCAACGUUAAGUUCAGGCUGUACAUGAGUUCAAUGCCAAGUAAGGCGUUUCCUGUUUCGGUGUUGCAAAAUUCAGUGAAAGUUACCAAUGAACCUCCAAAAGGAUUGAGAGCAAAUGUGAAAAGGGCAUUUUCGGAGAUGAUGGAGGAUUUUUUUGAAGAACAUCCCCUCGAACAGGAUUGGAGAUCCAUGCUUUUCGGUCUGUGCAUGUUUCAUGCCGUUAUACAAGAAAGAAAAAAGUUUGGUCCAUUGGGCUGGAACAUAAUUUAUGAAUUUAACGAUAGCGAUAGAGAUUUUGCCUUUAAUACUUUGAAGAUGUUUUGUGCCGAAGGAACCAUUCCAUGGCAUGCUCUCGAAUAUUUGACAGGUGAGAUAACAUAUGGAGGACGAGUUACCGAUUAUUGGGACUUGCGAUGCCUCAAAACAAUUUUAAAAAUAUUCUUUUCACCCGGAACAUUGAAAGAAGGAUACAAGUAUUCAAGCUCCGGCGUAUACUAUUGUCCAACAUUACAGAAGCUGGCAGAUUAUCAAAAAUUUGUCGACCAGCUGCCUAUAAUCGAGGAACCGGAGAUAUUUGGAAUGCACGAAAAUGCUAACAUUGCGUAUCAGAUUAAAGAAACUCAAACAGUUAUACGGACCAUAAUGGAAAGUCAGCCUAGAGCAGCAGGUGGAGGAGAAGGUACUUCCAGUGAAGAAAUCGUGUUUCACUUAGCUGAUACUAUCAUAGAUUCAGUGUUAACAAAAAUAUCAACCGACGAAGCCAAUAUUAAUAUGUUUAAGAAAGACGAUAAAGGCAGAUUACCAUCAUUAACCACUGUUCUGAUACAAGAAGUAGACAGAUACAAUAUUCUGCUUAAGUUGAUACAUAAUACGCUUCAAAUGUUGAAAAAAGCAAUCAGAGGUUUUAUUGUAAUGUCAGAAGCCUUAGAAGAAGUAUUCAAGGCGUUUAUGAACAACCAGGUGCCUAGGAUGUGGAGUGCCAAGUCAUAUAACUCCCUCAAAAGCUUAGGAAGCUGGACAAGAGACCUUCUGCUAAGGCUGGACUUUAUCUGCAUUUGGGUUAGAUUCGGGCAUCCCAUUUCCUACUGGAUAUCUGGGUUCUAUUUUCCACAAGGAUUCCUGACUGGAGCCCUACAAACUCAUGCACGGAAGUACGAACUGCCUAUUGAUGAACUAAAGUUUGACUUCACUGUGCAGACUGUACUGUUGGAUCAGGAAGAGAUAAAACAAGUACAUGAUGAAGCAGGUAAAGAGGUCUUUGAAGUAUACAAAUCAUUAGUUCAUCCACAAGAUGGCGUCAUAAUACAUGGUUUAUUCUUGGAUGCUGGAAGAUGGGAUUUAUCUAUGAUGAAAUUGGUUGAUCCAAAUCCAGGUGAAGUCAAUCCACCGCUUCCUGCCGUUUGGCUGAAGCCAACAACUGUCCUGCCAGAAUUUGAUCCCAGAUACGAAACACCUCUUUAUAAAACCUCAGUACGCGCUGGUACUCUUUCGACGACGGGACAUAGUACGAACUUCGUUAUAGCCGUCUUACUACCUUCUUUAGAGAAGCAAAGUUAUUGGAUACUGAAAGGUACCGCGUUACUGACGCAAAUCACGGACUAAGUUAAUUUGUUAUAAUUGAAUUAAUAAAUAAAU